AGACAUCAAGGAGAAAAAAAGAAAUGUGAGUUGGACAAAGAAAAGGGUGUUAAAACUGCUUUGUGAGUCCAAUUAGCCAAGCGCAGAGGUGUAAAAGAAAAACAGGGAAAAAAAGGAAAGGAAAAGACAGUUUCAAAGAGGAGUGAUGGAGGGGGAGGGAGCGAUGGAUGAGUAGGAAGGGCUACUGGAGGCAGAUACAGACAGAGGCAGGAAGCAGGACAGAGAGAGACAGAACGAGAGAAAAAGAAGCACAGCGGAGAGAAGAGAGAGGGAGGCAGAGCAGCAUUGUUGGCAUCUCCCUCGCUCCCUCCAGGUUCAGAGGCUGCAUGCUUUCUACCACUCAAAUUUUCAUCCUGAAGGAUUCAACAGUGUGGCGGAAGAUCCGUGAAUGAUGGACUACCAAGCUAUACCUCUGCUACUCAGUUGUAUCACCUGUGAGCGCUACGCUACCUUGGGGGAUUGAGAUUGAAAAAGCUCCACGAGGAGGAAAAGCCCUCCGACAGAUGUAAGGAUCACAGAGGAAUACUCUUUGUCUAAAAGGAUCAAAUAUGGAACAUGACAGAGGAGGAACCCAGGGGAAGGGAAGAACAGAGGGAUGUGACAUCAUUCUUUGCUUCCAUAAAUUACUUUCUUCUAGCCUGUGAGGGAUGGCGCAGAGGUAAGACAUCAGUGGAUGUCCAAGAGUCAAGAGUUCAGCCUCUUUGAGCUGGAUUCAAGGAAUCUACAUGACCUACAUCUGGCUCUAUAACGGAUGACAGAGAUUUGAAGGUGUUAAGUGGGCCAAGUUCUUCACUCCAUUUUGUAUUUUCUACUAUCUCACUUUGCUGUUCUGAAGAAUAUCAAACCUGAAUAUGAAACUAAACUGAAGUGGCCUGACAUAGGUUGUGCCAUGGACUGCAUCCAGACCCUCACCACGUCUAGAUUCACAAAAGAGUCAAAGAAACUUAAUACCUGAAAAGUGGGGAGUAGUAGAGAGGAGAGGAUUGUUGUGGCACUGGCAUCAUUUUCAGGCGGCGAUGACACUGGAGGCAACAAUCAAGCACAACGGACAAUGACGAGACGGUGCCUUGCAUGAAAGAAAGCAUUGAUCCAAGCGCACUGCACUGAUGCUUCAGGCCACAUGCCCCGGCACGAAGAGACGAUGGGUGUAUUGCUUUCUGCAUUUCUGUCUUUGCCUGAGUGAAGGAAGCAUCCCCAAAGCUCACGGACAACCUCUCGCAGUACGUCACAUUUUCAUCUGUUCGUUAAAAGAAUGCUUUAGUUCAAGUGGAAAAACUCAAGAUUGAUCCCGUCAAGUCAGGAUAUGGUGGCAUGGUCUGGGUCUGCUCCAUCAAGUUCCCUGAGGUUACUUCAAUUGCUACUGAGCUGGAGAGGACAGUGCUGGGAGGGAGUGGCCUCUUCCUCCCAUCAGGAUAAUGCACACAUCCCCAGUGCUGAUCUCUGCAGCCACCAUGAGCAACAUGACGGUGCUUGACACUGCUGACCCCUUAGACCUUGACAUGACCUCUUCUGAGUCUAUCUAUCCAAUCAGCUUCCAGGUUUCUCUAACAGGCUUCCUGCUUUUGGAGAUAGUCUUAGGCCUGAGCUCCAAUCUCACUGUGCUAGUCCUCUACUGCAUGAAACAGAACCUCAUCAGCUCAGUCUCCAACAUCAUCACCAUGAACCUUCAUGUGGUGGAUGUGCUGGUGUGUGUGUUUUGCAUCCCGCUGACAGCUGUGGUGGUCCUUCUUCCAUUGGAGGCAGACACAGCUAUGGUCUGCUGUUUCCACGAGGCCUGUGUUUCCUUUGCGAGCGUAGCUACUGCUGCUAACGUCCUGGCCAUCACUGUAGACCGCUACGACAUCUCGGUGCGGCCAGCGAACCGCGUGCUCACGAUGAGCCGAGCUGUGGCUCUGCUGGGAUCCAUUUGGGCUUUAUCAUUUUUCAGUUUCCUGGUUCCGUUCAUGGAAGUAGGAUUCUUCAUGAGCUCAGGUUCAGACCUUGUGAACCAGACUGCAAUCAUGACAGUGGCUCAUACAAAUGAGUACUACACAGAGAUGGGUCUGUACUAUCACCUGCUAGCACAGAUUCCCAUAUUCUUUUUCACAGCUGUGGUGAUGUUGGUGACAUACUACAAGAUACUUCAGGCACUUAACAUUCGCAUUGGAACACGCUUCCAGCACAACUUACCUAAAAAAAGACAAAAAAGCAAAAACACCAUCUCUCUAAGCACUGCAACACAGGCAGAAUCGACUGAUGCUUCACAGAGCAGCACAGGAGUCAGAGGAGGUAGUAAUGCACCUUUGGGCAUGCGGGCAUCAGUGUCUGUCAUUAUUGCACUAAGACGAGCGGUGAAGCGCCACCGGGAGAGACGGGAAAGACAGAAAAGAGUCUUCAGGAUGUCUCUUCUCAUCAUCUCCACGUUCCUCCUUUGCUGGACGCCAAUAACUGUGCUUAACACCAUCAUCCUCAGCACCGGACCCAGCGACUUGACUGUUCGCCUCCGUCUGGGCUUCCUGGUGAUGGCGUAUGGAACCACUAUCUUCCACCCGCUCCUCUAUGCCUUCACUCGACAGAAGUUCCAAAAGGUUCUAAAGAGCAAGAUGAAGAAGAGAGUGGUGUCUGUGGUCGAGGCCGAUCCUACACCAAACAACGUGGUGAUUCAUAACUCAUGGAUUGACCCAAGGAGAAACAAGAAGGUCACCUUUGAGGACACGGAAGCGAGGCAAAAAUGUCUGUGCUCACAGGAUGCAGAGUAAUGGGACUGACUCAAAUGUAAAUAUGUCAAAUAUGUAGUCUACACUACAGAAUGAUGAAAUGGACUUGGCUGAAAACGUAUAAAAGCUGGCAUGUUUAAGGGAAGACAAUGGAGUAAACAGAAAUGGAAAUGGAGAGGUGGAACAUAUUAAGAAAAACUAUGUUAACAUAAAAAGAGAUGUUCUCGGUAAACAACUGAGUCCAAAUAUAUCUCGGGCAGCUCACUGAAGAAAUAUUAAAAUGCAAAAAAUAAGAAAAGAGACUAUGUUCCCUGAGAACAAAGGGAUAAACAAAUAAGGACAGGGGCUUCCUUCGUACACACAUCGCAUGUAAAAAUGAGAAAUAUCAGCAGCUGAAUGCUCAUGAUUACAAGUUUAAAGUUAUUUUGUUUCCCUCUGUGCAAAAAAUGGCUCAAAAUAUGUGUCAGACAAAUGAACAGGGUAAUUUAUUGCUAUUUAUUGUGGAAUGUUGUGGAGUGCUAUCAAGGACAAUUCAGUCCUAAGUCUGUAUCUAAGCAGUAGAGUGUGUUGUUCUGUUGAUGUAUUAAAAUACAAGAAAAAUGUACAGUCAUGGAAUACCUUGAUAUCGUUUGUCACCAUUUGUAAUAAACAACCAAAGGCACAGCAUG